CGAAGCUCCAUUCUCCACGUUUGAUACUUGACAUUAACACAUCCAAUGACUGAUCCAAGGAGGGCUCGGACCAGUGGAAUAUCUGACAGCGUCAUUCUCAUUCUGGCACGUGAGAAAGUCGGCUCAGUGCAAGGUGUCUGUCUAACCGAGCUCGACAACACACUGCCAUCUCUAAAAGAAAGCUCCGGACGAGCUGGAAAUUUCGUCUAUCUGCUCGUGUGCCGUGACGAUCUACUUCCGCCCGUGGUCCCGUCCUACAGCGGUACUCAGAUACCCUUGGGCUGAGCUUCAGACAGUCGAUAGCGAGCAUCAGCUGCCAUGGCACCGGCCGUAGAGUAUAUUGCGCCAUGGCCGCUAUUCGCCAUGACAUGGUCCUCCUCUCCGGUGAUUCCAUCAACGGUAGAGUUUUCUAGCGCAUCAUCAAGUCGCCACGGCCAGGGAAGUAGCGAGUCAAGCAGGAGCGGUGAUCUGAAGAGGAACCUGAGCAGAAGGAGUAAGUCGAAUCACCGCGCUAUACCCGAAGGGGCAAGGCUUGCGGUCGGCAGCUUCAUCGAGGAGUAUUCAAAUCGGAUACAAAUCUUAGGGAUGGAAGUAGGGAGAGACGGGCAUUCAGAGUUAGCCCUCCUCGCGGACGCGGCGCAUCCAUACCCUGCGACAAAGCUGUCGUUUCAACCGUCGACAUUAUCUACCACCCCUGAUUUUCCAGCCGGUCUGGCGAAUCAUACAUCCUCACGGAACAGCUAUGCGUCACCGCUAUCCAAGCAAUCUAAGCGCGCCUCAUGGGGUGCAACUAUCUACACUUCAGCAUCAGCGGCGAACAGUGCUGGCUUGCGCGACUUCUUCCCCGACAGAGAGCUUCUCGCAAGCUCUGCGGACUGUCUGCGGAUAUGGGAGAUCAGCAGGAACGAGUCGUAUGCAUAUGAGCAAGAGGAGGAAGCGCGACGGGGAAGUGGCUUUGUCACUGGAUCAUCGCAUCGGCGGAGAGUGGGUAGUGCGUACGACAGUGACGGACGCCUCAGGUUUGAGUUGGUGGAGAAAAGCGUGCUGGCGCAUUCCAAGAGCGCCAAUUCGCCGCCUGCUCCCCUAACAUCUUUCAGUUGGAACGUCCCUUCUCCCUCAUUGAUCGUCACUUCAUCCAUCGACACGACAUGUACGAUCUGGGACCUUCCCACAAGAACGGCGCUGACUCAGCUGAUCGCACACGAUCGAGAGGUCUACGAUGUCGACUGGUGCCCAGGCUCCUCAGAUGUCUUUGCAUCUGUGGGUGCAGACGGGUCUGUGCGCGUCUUUGACCUUCGCUCCUUGGAGCAUUCGACCAUCAUCUACGAGACUACCACCGCAGGUGGCAUCGUCUCUCGGCCUGGCACAUCAUACGACAAAGCCAGCGUGAAUGGAUCGACGACGGGGCGCACAUUUCCACUAUUGCGAAUAGCAUUCAACCCUUGGGAUGCAAACUAUCUCGCCACUUUUCACCUGGAAUCCGAAUCUGUGCAGAUCCUCGACGUCCGAGCGCCGGGAGCACCAAUCCUCGAGCUUAAAGGCCACAGCGCAAGCAUCAACUCUGUCUCGUGGGGCCCGCCCGGUGGUGGCAGUGGCCUUGGUCCUAGUAAAGGCAUGGUCUGCACCGGUGGCGACGACAGUCAAUGCCUAGUGUAUGAUCUGGCGAGCGCAACGCUGCGCAGCGCAAGCGCACAAGGGCGGAGGUCGAGAAAUAGCAACAACAUGACUCCUGGCGGGAACAGCAGCUCGGCAGCCUCUUCCAGUGGCACAGUCCACGGGGGCCCGAGUCCGGCGCCGCCGAGCUCCAUGAGCGCCUACUCUUCCUCCUCAACGGCCUUUUCAACACGCAUCGCCGCAGAACAUCCUGUCCUCGCGUACACAUCACAUGAGAUGGUGAACAACGUCUCGUGGUUGCGUGCACCGCUCGUCAAGCCAGAACCUGCAGGCAGUGGUAGUGGCGGAGGGAGCGGGAGUGGAAGGAGGGACAGCACCGGUGUUGUACAAGAGUGGGAUGAGUUCGCCAAAGGAGUUGCGGGCCCUGGGAAUGCAGCUGCAGCUGCAGUGAAAGAGCCAGAUUGGCUUGCGCUUGUCAGCGGGAAUGCCGUGCGAGCGCUACGUGUGUAA